AAUUUCAUUUUGAAUUAAGUCCUCUUAGAGAUUACAACAUUCACAUUUUGUUUGUUUUUGAAUUCGAAUACGGAGAUAGCGAUGCGUACGUAUUUACUUGCCUUUGCAAUCGGAUUAAUUUUACAUCAAAGUGAAGCUCAUCAAUCAAAGAAAACCAAAUGCUUGAAUCCCCCAAGAACGGCUAAAAGGGUGGAACUCUACAUAAAGGAAUGCCAGGAAGACGUCAAGAACAAGUUGAUAAAAGAAGCUUAUCAGCUUUUAAAAGACGAAGCUAAAGUUGAUGAACCUGAAGAUGAAAGCUAUAUUGAUGGGGAUGAGGCCUUCAUUGAUCCACAUUCAUACAGCGAAUACCCUGAUGCGCACGAUAGACUGCUUCCAUCAGCCAAAAGAAGAAGUUAUAGAAGCAUUUAUCAUCCGACAUUAGUUCCAUAUGAAGACAAACGAAUUGCAGGGUGUCUCUUACAUUGCGUGUAUGCAAAAAACAAUGCUAUUGAUCAAAUGGGAUGGCCAACACUAGAUGGCCUUGUAGACUUCUAUUCUGAGGGUGUCAACGAACAUGGCUUUUUUAUGGCAACACUUCGAGCAGUUAACCAGUGUUUAAAUGUCGUUACUGUCAAAUACCGUGUCAAUCGCCGAAAACUACCCGAAAAGGGCGAAAGCUGUGAUUUGGCAUUUGAUGUGUUCGAUUGUAUUUCGGAUCAAAUAACUGGCUAUUGUUUAGACCAUUUCCGGCAAGCGUGAUGAUGAUUAUGUUGGAAAAGUUAUUAUUUCCCACCUAUCACAUAAACGUGUUUUUUUGUAUGUACAUUUUUAUGAAUGAAAUAUAGCGCGCCAUUACCAUCGUCAUUAUCUAUCUUAAGUCGUGUUAAUUUGAUUAAUUUAUGUAUACAAGACUUGAUACAAGAAUUAAAGAAUACCUACCUAUGUAGCUAUUUACCAUUCCAAGUGAUUUUAAGUUUUGAUAAAUUUGUUUUAAAAUUUUGAAGCGCUGAUUCUGAUGUAAUACAAUAAAAAUAUUAAAAUAGUUUCAAAUUUUGUUUUUAGUUUCGUAGG